GCAAAUUAUUGACAUAAGAAAAAUGGGAAGAAACGAAAACAAAAUUUUUGGUCUGAAGAAAAAAUUUGGUUAAAAACGAGUAGUCUGCUGCGACAUAAAAUCAAUUCGAUCGGCAAGAGUCCAUUCAACAGAUCGAAAUGGAGAUACCAGUACAAGUUGCGUAUCGCUUCGGACCUAGCUGUUGCCCAAACAAACAAAACUUUGAGCUAACGAUACCAGGGCUCCAACUACCCAGAGACUGUACACAGGAUUACGUUUAUUAUCACACGGUGUAUCCGCUGCUUGCCAUUUAUCUGGAAGGUUUUGAUGUUUCGUUUGUUACGUACGGUCAAAAAGGUACGGGCAAAUCAUACACAAUGAUUGGCCCAGGCUUGGAUUGUGUAUUCAGUGAACGUGACCAGGGAAUUAUCCAACGUUGUGUGCGAGAUAUUUUCGUGAAAAUGGGACAGCAGCGUGAACGGGAUUUUGUCAUACGCAUCGAAUGGUGUGAGAUUGUUGGUGAUGAAAUUCACAAUUUGCUCGACGUCGGAACGGUGCAAUGUUCUAACAUUGGCGAUGUCUUUGCAUGGCUCAAAAUUGGAAUGGACAGACGAACGGCCGAAAACCAUUUCGGGCACAGUUUGUUCACGAUAACACUGGAACAGAAAUGGAUCAGUGCCGAAGGACUCAUUCAGCAUCGUCUGUCGACGGCAAGCUUUUGUGAUUUGUGUGCCACGGAACGAAUGCUGGUAAUGGACAGCAUGGAGCAACAUAUUAGUGUGCCCAGAGACUUAGGCUUGCAGGCAUUGGAGCGAAUUGUACACGAUCUGAAUGACCCCAAUUGCCUCACGGUCGAUUACAAUCAAACCAUUUUGACGAGUUUCCUGAAAGAUUCCUUCGGAGGACGGGCUCAGACGUUGCUUAUUCUGUGCGUAUCCCCUUGCGAGGAGCAUUUCACGGAAACACAACACAAUCUACAGUUUGCGUAUAAAGUGCAGUGCAUCCGGAAUUUCGUAGUACUAGGUACCUUUGCUGAUAACAACACUGUGGCACAUGUGCCGGUGGUACCGAAUGAAAUUGCCGAGCAACCAGACAACUUUGGCUUACAGUUUGCAGCGUCACAAUGGCUGAAGUUAGUCUCCAACGCCGAGGGAUUAUUCACAAAGCUGGUAACAUCGGAAUCGUUGAACGAACAGGAUCGUGAACGAAUUGCUGAGUGGAUAUUCCUGAAGCAGGAGUGUGAAGAGUGUUUAAGUUCGGGUGAAAUUAACAUGGAAAAUCAACGUCACUUGGGACCAAUUCAAGAAGAAGUCGACGAACAAGAAGAAACAAGCGAUCAAGAAACAUCGUGUGCAGCCAACACAGACCUCGACAGCGACUCGGAAUCUCAACAUCCGGACUUGAAUGAAAAGAUUGUUGGACUCAUGGAGGAAUUCCAGUACAAAACCGAUGAACUUGUCCGGAACAACCACAACGAAUUUAUUCGAUCCCAUCCGAAGGCCAUGUUGGACAGUAGCGACAGUUUCCGAAAAAUGCAAGAAUCACAUGUCGCCAACGAUAAUAAUCGGUCACCAUCACCAAUUUAUGAGCGACGACAGUCGGCGCCACGGUGUGAACGACGAAAAUCAUAUCAACCGGAUGGGCUCAGUGUGAGUAGCAUGGAACUGGCUAUGUUGAAUCGGGUAGCGAGUGAAGUGGCUAGCCGGAAAGAAAAUGUCGGCGAUGAAUUCUUAUCACCGACAACCGAUGCAGAACCAACUACAAAACACAGUCAAUUGCAUGCAAUUCAAAGCAAACUUCGUACGGUCAAUGCUGAUCUGGAAGCAUAUCAACGACAGAUUAAGGAGCUGAAAAAUACAAUUGCGUUGAGGAAAACUCUGAUUGCCGAUUACAGCAAAACGACUGAGGCAAGAGCAACAGUCCGGCAACGUUUGAAGAAGGAGCGCGCCAAGCGACAGGCUGAAUACAAUAAAUGCAACAAGAAUAUUCAAGAAGCCGAUAUUGACACCAAUAUUGACGGCUUGGAGCUGAAAAAGAAGCAGCUGAAAUUGCGGAUGAAAAAUCUGAACGAAACAAUCGGUCUGACCGAUGAGAAUAUUGAGCAGCACAAGAAAUCGCUGAAAAUGUCACAAAAGCAACUGGAUGAACUGAAUGAUUCGGUGAAAAGGAACAAGAAGUUGAAGGAUUCGCUGGAAAAUAAACUGAAAAUGGAAAAGUCGAAAGUCAACAAAGAGCGACAUGUACCCUCAACGGAGAAGCACAAUGUGAAGAAUGUUGAUUCCCGAAUCACGCACAUGAAUCAUGUGAUCAAAAAGAAAUCGAAUGAUUUGCAGCUGUUCGACGAUCGUAAGGAUGGUGAAGCGUUACGCCAGGAAAUUCGAAAUCUACGAGGAAUUCGGGAUCACGUACUGAAGGAGAAGAAGUCGCUGGUGCAGAAAUUGAAGAAAGAUAAAACAUUGACGCUAGUUGAGGAGCGCAAAUUGCUCGAAUACGAAGAAUCCGUUGAAGCAAUUGACCAUAUCGUUGAGUACAAGAACGAGCUCAUUUGCGGACGAAAAAGUGCCGAAACUGACGACAGUUUGCACCUAGAACGAGGUCAACAAAUGUUGGUGGACAAAUGGAACACUCUGCCGGCUGAAGAGAUGCGAACGCUGCUGUACAAAUACUUCCAAAAAGCCGUCGAUCUUCGAGACUCUACCAGUAAGUUGGAGCAACAAUUGAUGGCGCUUGAAAGGGAGCGUGAUGCCUGGGAAUGUCGUGAACGUGCAUUGAAUAACGCCAUUCGACAAGCUCGGUUAGAGGGUGAGAGUCAUGCCGUUUUACUUCAGCAGCAACAGGAAGCAAAGGUGGCGUUAAUGUUACGUCAUAUGGCUGAUGAGACUAGUACAAACUCCAGCCUAGCUGACCGUUAUGGUGGUCAUCAUCAGUCCAACCACCAUGGAAUACCUGAUGAUUCAGCAAACGGUUGUCUCGGUCUCGACAUAUACAAGCCAUCAAUGCAUCACAAGCAAAUGAUCAAAUCGAAAGCACCGAACAUGGACAUGGAAUUGUAUCCCAUUUCCGAUGGGCAUCAUCGUUACAAGUAUCGACCGUUGGAUAAGAUGAACGAGAAAAAUCGAGAGGGCAAGAAGCACUUCUUCACCAAGAUCUUUGCGCAUUACGGCAGCGGUUUUGGAGUGGAUCGACGUAAGGUUCAAGAUUUGUCGAUGUCGAUACCGGAACAGAAUUUGAAGCAAUUGCAAGCGAGCCAAGAGCCCAUGACCAAGGUAACGAGAGAGAAGAACAAAAUCAUUAUCCAACAGGAUGGUAAGCAUAGUGGACACCGUCAUUAAGACGAUUUUAUUGUUGUUCAGUGAUUCUCAGUGCGUAUUUGUGUGAUAUUUUUGAAUGUUGGACUAAUUUCGAUAGAAUGACCUUGUCAUUGUUAUAAGUUUCAUGGAAUAUGUGGUUACGGUUUCAGAGUUUCGACUUAGACGAUCUAUUAUGAGACA